UGUUCAAAAGACAUGGUGUUUUUAAAUCACUUUGUUUUAUAACAAUAACAUCUUUUGUUAUAAUCUUGUGUCUGAUUCCAAAGACAGCACGUCCUCUAUGGAUGUACUUCUCUACAUUAGAUACGUCCCUCAACUAUACAAAUAUGACCAAUAAAGUGUCCAGUGACACACUUCCAAGGAUAUAUCGCACACAUUGGUUCCACGCAGAGGAACGCUUUGUACAACAGCUACGGUAUUACGAUGGUACUCAAUGCUCUAUACCGGGCUGUGUUUUAGAAACAAAUGUUUCCAAGGCUGAUAUAGUUGUAUUCAGUCACAGACGUCUUCCUAAAAAAGUGAUCCAGAAAGAAAAAGAGCAAAUUUGGGUGUUUAAUACGGCAGAAAGUCCGUACCACACGUGGAGACCAAACAAGGAAUGGAUGAAACAUUUUGAUUUAUUUAUGUCUUAUAUGGACGACUCGGAUAUUUAUUUGCCAUUCUACGGUAAAUUGCAAAAAAUGCAAGAACCCGUCCUCAAAAACUACACUGGAAUACUCAGCAAGAAAACCAAAGACGCGGUAUGGGUUUCAAGCCACUGUUCAACUCCUUCGAGAAGAAAAAAAUUGGUUCAAGAGCUAAGUAGACACUUAAAAGUGGAUAAAUUUGGCAGCUGUGGAACUAAAAAAUGUGGCAAGCAAUAUGAUAAUUUGAAGGGGUGCCAGGACAUAUUCGAAAGAGACUACAAAUUCUUUUUUUCUUUUGAGAAUUCACUUUGCAAAGGUUAUACAACAGAAAAACUGUUUUCACUUUAUUUAAACCGUACUCACGUUAUACCUGUUAUAAAUGGACCAAAGGACGCCGGUCAAUAUCUUCCUAAAGGAACCUACAUUAACAGUCAGGAUUUUCCUACUAUCAGACUUUUAGCCAAAGAAUUGAUCAGAAUAGGUUCUAAUGAAACGGAAUACAUAAGCUACUUAAAGGAGAAGGACAAAUUCAUUCCCCAAUCUUUUCGAAAAACUGUUUUUGAUGCCCAGUGUGAUUUAUGUAAAUAUGUAAAAGACGUAUAUACGGGAAAAUAA